GGGGGCUUUGCCGAGGUGGGGGUUCCGGGGAUCAACUAGUCGAACCGGGCUAGGUCCUGGUCCGGCACCGCACGCCACAUCAUCUCUUGGGGGUGGGCCGUUGUCUCCCAGCCCCGAGAACCGGUUGGGGGCCCAGGAUCCCGUGCGUCUUCCAUUAGCGCAGGAGGCCCCGGGCCACGGCUAAGAGAACCGGAAGCCCCCCCCCCCCCCCCCAACGCGGGCUUCAACCUGGCGCGUUUCCAGCCAAAACUGGCUCCCGUGGGCGGCUGGCACGCGUGUCCCCGCGCACGCACACAUCUUGUACACGUCAGCCCCACGCCUCCCCGGUCCCGUGUCCGGGCGCACGCAGCACCCACGCGUGCCCGCACACGCCCGCGGGCACACGCGUCCGCGGUGGGCACUGAGGGCGCAGGAAGCAGAAGAUGGCUGUACCUCCCACGUAUGCUGAUCUUGGCAAAUGUGCCAGGGAUGUCUUCACCAAGGGUUAUGGAUUUGGCUUAAUCAAACUCGAUUUGAAGACAAAAUCUGAGAAUGGACUGGAAUUUACGAGCUCAGGUUCUGCCAACACUGAGACCACCAAAGUGACGGGCAGUCUGGAAACCAAGUACAGAUGGACUGAAUAUGGUCUGACGUUUACGGAGAAAUGGAACACUGACAACACAUUAGGCACAGAGAUUACUGUGGAGGAUCAGCUUGCACGUGGACUGAAGCUGACCUUUGAUUCAUCCUUCUCACCAAACACAGGGAAAAAAAAUGCUAAAAUCAAGACAGGGUAUAAGCGGGAGCACAUCAACCUGGGCUGUGAUGUGGAUUUCGACAUCGCCGGCCCUUCGAUCCGGGGCGCUCUGGUGCUGGGUUAUGAGGGCUGGCUGGCUGGCUACCAGAUGAAUUUUGAGACUGCAAAGUCUCGAGUGACCCAGAGCAACUUUGCAGUUGGCUACAAGACUGACGAAUUCCAGCUCCACACUAAUGUAAACGAUGGGACAGAGUUUGGUGGCUCCAUUUAUCAGAAGGUGAACAAGAAGUUAGAGACCGCCGUUAAUCUGGCCUGGACAGCAGGAAAUAGUAACACUCGCUUUGGAAUAGCGGCCAAGUAUCAGAUUGAUCCUGACGCCUGCUUCUCGGCUAAAGUGAACAACUCCAGCCUGAUAGGUUUAGGAUACACUCAGACCCUAAAGCCAGGUAUCAAACUGACGCUCUCAGCUUUGCUGGAUGGCAAGAAUGUCAAUGCUGGUGGCCACAAGCUUGGUCUAGGACUGGAAUUUCAGGCAUAAACAAAUACUGUACAAUCGUUUAAUUUUAAACUAUUUUGAGCAUAGCUACCUUCAGAAUUUAGUGUACCUUUUAAUGUCGUAUGUCUGGGAUGCGAGUAUUGCUAAAUAUCAUGUUAGACCUCCAGGUUAAAGAUGAUUCAGCUUUAAGGUGUUACCCUUUCAGAGGUACAGAAGAAACCCAAUUCCAAGAAAAGUCCUUUCAGCUGUAGACUUUGGGGGACCUUGGUGGCCCUCUAGAAUUGUCAGGUUUCUUUUUUAUCUAGAAAUGGCUGCAAGUGGAAGCUGAGACUUCGUAGGCACUUUGUAAACUGGUAUUGGGUAAAUGGAUGAAAUUAUGACUUCCUGAGAAUUAACUUUGGUUUCCUAUCCUAAUGAAGGAGAGACUCACUGAUGGUGUGUACAAAAUCAUCUGAAAGAGACUUUUUUAGACAGAUUUUCAUGACCUGUUUCCACCCCAGUCCAUCACCUCUUUUACACCAAAAGUAGUCUGCAGGGCGUGGUAGCUGUUUCUUUUGUGCCAUUUGGGGUGGAGAAGGUGGAUGUGAUGAAGCCAAUAAUUCAGGACUUAAUUCCCUCUCAUGUUGUGUUUUUUUUUGCCCUUGCACCAGAGUAUGAAAUAGCUUCUAAGAGUCCCAGCUGCAAGCUGGGAAGAGUCUCUGUGACUGUAAUCACAUGGUGACAACAUUCGGAAUCUAAAUUGGACUUCUGUUAUAUUCUCGCCACUCAGUUUAUUUUUUAGCAGUUUAAUGGGUACAUUUUAGAGUCUUCCAUUUUGUGUGGAAUUAGAUCCUCCCCUUCAAAUGCUGUAAUUAACAUCACUUAAAGUAAAACUUGAAUAAAAUAUUGAAACCUCA